UUGCGCAUGCACUUAUAUUUGUUUUGAGUUUUGACUACACAAUGCUGAUACAAAGUGUUGGUUCGUAACGUGGAUUAUCUUUCUAUAUAUUUAUGCUAAUGAGAAUAAGACAUCUUAUCUCUAGUUUAUACCGCUAAUUGAUGAGACAUAUGAUUUUCGUGAAUCUGGUGAUGCUGUCAUAUUUCACGAAUAAAUGAUGAUGUUUAACGGAUUCUAAAAUUCAAGAUCCCCGCGGUGUAUCUAGAUUAUUAUUUCCUUUAAGUUUAAUACAUAAUCUCUAAAUAUAUCCCUCUGAGCCAGUCGAAAACAUAUACACCACUGUUAAAAAUAGAGAUGACAACAUACAAGAUUUAAAAUUAAAAAUCAACAGAAACAGUUUAAAGACAGAAGACUUCAAGAUGGAUACUUCAAAAACACCAAUGGAUAAUUUAAUGAAUAUGUUAUCGGGUCUAAGUAUCGGGCAUGAAAAAGCUUUAAAGCAAGGAAUUUACAAUGCAGUUGCAUUAUUGUUACUGUGUGUUGUGUGUGCAGCAGGAUUUGGACUUUAUCUUGUUUUACAUCCAUUUCUAAAACCAUUGAUAUGGGCUCUACUGUGUGGUGCAGUUUUAUUUCCGUUCAAGUCUUCGUUAACAACAAUAGUACAAUCUUGGUUUGCUUCAACUGAAGAUUCUCACAAACCCUUUUUGUUCAGCUUAUCAGUAGUUCCUAUUAGUAUAUUUGAUAAGAUUUCUGAAGUCGUUGGCUCAGUUGUACACAAACAUCUUAAAUACAUAAUUGGUGCUGUAUUAGCAUUAUUUGGUCUAUUAAUAGUUUAUAGAUAUACACCAAAUAUUUUAUGCUGUCUAACAUGGAGGAUAUUUUCAUUAUCAACUGCCUUCCUUAGUCUUAUUAUAUCAGUUUGUAAUAGUUAUAUUAUCAGUGCUGCUAUCAUAGGAUAUCUAUCAAUAUUAUAUUUAUAUUGGACACCAAAAAAAAAUAUUCAUUUUUGUUAUGGUUCAUUCAUUAUUUGGCUCUUAAUCAGCAUUUACCUGUCAAAUGCUCUAGGGACGUAUCCAGUAUUUAUAUUCUGCGGUGUUCAAGUUUUAUAUUUGGUUGGAUUUAUUUAUGAACUUGUAUUAGUAAUAGAACAACAAGAAAUCCAAGGCAGAAGUAGUUCACUUAUGCAAGCAGUGCAUUCAGCAAUCACAGAUGUUGAGAUUGCACCAUCUAGAAGUUCUACCAUGCCAACAUUAACAGAAGAUGAGUCAUUGUCAGAAAGUACUGAAGAAAUAGGAACAAUACAAAAAUUACUGGAACCUAAAGUUUCAUUUCCUAAACCUUUCUUGAAAGCUGCUGGUAGAUCUAUAUCUAUGGAUGCUGAUGUAGGAAAGCCCAUUCAAGAUAAGCUGACUAGAAAAGCCAAGUCAACAAGUAGUAUGUCUUCCGAUAAAAUAUCCAUUUCAGAUCGCUACUUUUUGAAAAAAUUACGCUCUGAAUUACGCAUGACAGUAGAUAUGGGGAACAACGAUGUUGAUACCGAUAAAUAUAUGUAUGGUGCUAUGUAUGCUUGUAUUGGAAUGAUUUUAUGGAAGCAUAAAUGGAUAAUAGUCAUUCUGAUAGUACCAGUAAUUUAUUAUUAUUUAAAAAGAUUAAUAUCUUACUUUGGAUUUGGAAAUAUAAUACUUAGUAAAUGUUACAAAUUUACCAAGCCCAUAAAAGCUUGGUGUUAUGAAAGACAUCAGGCAUUGAUUCCAGUAAAUGUAAGAGGCCUUUACAAAGUUAGUAUUAUAGUUGAUCAGAAAGUGACUCAAAUUCUGAAAGGAUCUGUAGAUGCUGUAGCCACAACUGCAGUUAUUGUUGGACUGAUAGUAUUUGUUAUAUGUACCUCAGUAUUUAUUACUUUUCAAGUUUAUACAGAAGGAAUGCACAUUAUUCAAAUAAGUGGAGAGAUUUUAAAUUCUACUUUACUCAAUCACCGAGAUAUUGAUUGGGUUCCUGAACAAUGGGAGGAGUCUGUAAAUAGUGUACUGGACAAUGCAUAUGUUUAUGGGCGUACAGCCAUUUCGGAUGGGAUCAAGAAAUUUGUGAAGGAUUUGGAACCUGUGAAAGCAGAGCAAAUGGAAAAGAAAGUCUUGGAACUUUGGGAUAGACUAUAUCAAGCUUGGAUGAUGUCUAAUGAAGGUUCAGAUAUGAUUGGCCCAACUGUUGAUGCAAAUGUUGCUUUUUCAGUGUGGGAAAGCUUAAAAGAUAGUUUUGGGAAAACUCCCUUUCAAUUAUUUAAUAUGACAAGUAUCCAAAAUUUCGCCAAAGAAAAUGUUGGUAUCCUCAUGCAAGUUUUGGACUCAAUAUGGAGCAUAGUUAAAGGAAACAUGUCUGUAGUUCUUGGAAUCAUUACUGAGUUAUUAUACAUUGUUUUGAUAAGCGGAUCAGCAGUUCUUAAUUUCCUUCUGAGCAUGGUCGUAUUUUUCACGGCAUUAUUUUACUUACUAAAUUCUAGCGGGAAAACGUAUAAACCCAUUGAAUUGAUCACUAAUUUCAGUCCAAUAAGUUGCCACAGCAGGUCUGAUGAAAAAGGAUUUGCAAUGGCUCUACAAGAAUCUGUGAUUGGAGUAUUUACUGCAACAUUCAAAUUAGCAUCCUUUUUUGGCAUGUGGACAUGGUUCAUGCACAAUCUGUUCCAAGUGAAAAUCGUGUACCUACCAUCAGUUUUUGCAACUUUACUGGGAGCAGUUCCAUUUCUUGAUGCAUGUUUUGCUAGCAUACCAGCUGCUCUUGAACUAUGGUUUACUAGAGGACCAUUUAUAGCGAUUAUUUUCUUUUCAUUCCAUUUUCUCGCUUCUAACAUCGUUAUAUCUGAAUUCUACAUGGAAAUAAAAGGGGGUGGGCAUCCAUAUCUCACAGGUUUGUCUAUAGCAGGAGGUGUAUUCUGUUUGGGAAUUGAGGGAGCUAUUUUCGGACCUUUACUUCUUUGUUGCAUUAUGGUAGCUAUUAAUUUGAGCAGAAGAUAUCUUCAAUCUCCUUCGGAAGAAGCAAUAAAUUCAAUCAGAUCUGAAAUUGAUCAGUUGGAGUCUUGAGACAUAAGUUCGAAUUAUUUUAAUUAAAUUACUCAAAGAAGAACGCUACUCAUUAUAACUAACAUAAUUAAAAGACUGUGCCUUUUUGAUGUAAUAUAGUACAUUACGAUACAAGUGCGGGAAAGUAGAUUCUUGUCUCGUGUGGCAUUUACGCCCGAGCGAAGCGAGGGUAGAAAGGUACACGAAACGAAAAACUCUUUCUCGAACGUGUGUGGUACCGUAUUUUUUUAUACGACGUGUGGAAAGUAUGAUUUUCAACGCACGUUUUCUGCCUAGCCUGCAGGAAAGAUGCACUUUACGCACGAAGCAUCAAAAAUAUUAUUAUUAUUAUUAUACUGCGACAACUCUCACUAGCAUAAUAACUAAAAAAUCUUAACUUAAACUGUGAUUAAGAAUUUUUUAUAAUUGUAAAAUUUAUAACAUAAUUUUUUAGAUAUUUGUAAAAAGUUAAUAUUUUUUUAUUCACGUGAUUAAAGAGUGAUUAUUUUCUAUGUAGU